AUGGCGACCUACGGGGAGGACGUGUAUUGCACGCUUCUGAUGAGCGAUGCCUAUCUACCUGGUGCCGCUGUACUUGCACACUCUCUACGGGAUGCUGGCACGAAGAAGAAGCUCGUGAUCUUGGUGACAUUGGACACCUUAUCCGCUGAUACCAUCAGCGAGCUCAAGAAGCUGUACGACGAGCUGAUCCCCGUAGACCGCAUAGCGAACCCCAACCCCGCAAACCUCUACCUCAUGGGCAGGCCUGACCUUGCCUUCGCUUUCACCAAGAUCGCGCUGUGGCGGCAAGACAGGUUCCGGAAGAUAGUAUACCUCGACUCGGAUGUCGUAGUCCUCAGAGCUCCCGAUGAGCUGUUCAACAUCGAGGCACCUUUUGCCGCAGCACCAGACAUUGGCUGGCCAGAUGCUUUCAACACCGGUGUCAUGGUGCUGAGUCCGAACAUGGGCGACUACUGGGCCUUGCAGACAAUGGCAACAAGCGGCGACAGCUUCGACGGUGCUGAUCAGGGCUUGCUGAAUCAGUACUACGAGCACAAAAAUUGGCACCGGAUCAGCUUCACGUACAACUGCACUCCAAACGCUCAGUAUCAGUGGGAGCCGGCAUACAGGCACUACAAGAGCAAUAUCAGUGCGGUACAUUUCAUUGGCAAAGAAAAGCCAUGGAGCAAAGGCAGGCCAAGUGGGUCCGGACCAGGAGUGUACAACGAACUCCUCGGCAGGUGGUGGGCUGUUUUCGACAGGCGCUUGAAGCCAAAAGCUAUCUCUUCCUCGGCCUACGGUCAGCCGUCGCGGGCUUCGAUAAUCGCACAGUAUGUUCACGGCGAGGCAGCGCACCCCGAUUACAAGUACACGCCGGAACAACAAGUCGCCAACGCGCCACGUAUCAAAGAGCCGGAGCCAGAGCGUCCCUUCAUGACGAGCGAACGGCCCACAUCGAGCCCUGGAGAGCCUGCUGAAAACAUAGACCAAGGCUUAGUCGCCCCAGUGCCAACCUCAGAGCAACGCAGGUUCUCCGCUCCUCAGAUGGAGUGGGAUGCAACGCGCUCUGCUCCGCCUGCCGAAUCCAAACCUGAAGCCGCCAAUUUCAACCCAGGUGAACAGUAUGAGUUUAACGAAAGCAAGGAACUCUUCCAUGCGCCUGCAGCAUACCCUGAACCACCGAAAGACAUGUGGUAUGAGGUGCCCAAAAGCAAACCAAAGGUUGAAGAGAGACCGCCGCCCAUUUUCCCAUGGGAAAAGGAACGUGACGUACCGCCACCGAGUCGAGUUUUCGCAGAAGACCUGCCGUCGCCAACGCCCGAACCGGCAGCGUCAACUAUGCAGCCUGGCGCUGAGUCUGCUGAAAGUGGGCAGAUUGGAGGAGCGCCGUCGGAAGAAGAGACCUCUUUCCAGGGUUUCGCCUCCAGCACCAAUGUGUGGGACGCGAUGCCAGACAUCAACCGCUACGUGCAGAAUGUCGUCGACAUCCAGCAAAGAAAGAAUAGGCCCAGAGUUAUCGGUAUACCCGCGCCUAACAUGCGAUCUGAACUCGUAUCCCCUGACGCGCUCGGCGUGACCCCAGAACAACGGCGCGCCAGCCUUAUUCUCACAGACUUUCCCACCGAGGUCGAAAGACCUAGCCUGCCAGUGACGCCAGCACCGCGACGCAGAUCGACAUUCUGGGGCGAGGAGCGCAAUGCUGAGGGCCAGCUGCCCGCGGCGGAAGGGGUGCCAGAUCAAGCCGAAUGGAACCCCAUCGAGCGCCUCGAGACGCUCCGCCGCAGCUCCCUCCUCGAGUUCGAACACCUCAAGCAGGCCGCAGACGCGCAGAAGAUGCCACCAUUGAGAGAGCUGCCGGAGCACUCUAUACCGCGCGGCAGAGAUCACGACGCCGAGCACCACAGUAUCUCGGCGGGCCAUCCGCAGGGCUUUGACGGCUCCAAUGAUCCGACGUCAGAGACGGCACCGGCUCCGGCGCCGGGCGCGACCACGGAGGAGGCUGAUGUGCCUGUGCCGGAUAAGGGGCUUGCGGCUGCGGCGGCGACGGAGUCGGGCAGCGCGGUUGCGGAGAAGACGGGGGAGGGGAAGACGCAGGUCGAGAAGCCGACGUUUGCGGCUGUGGACUUCAAGACGGCGGCGGAGACAGGGGGCGAGGAGGGGGUUGAGGAUAGGAUGCAGAAGGAUGUGCUGAGUCCGACUGAGCGGUGA